AUGUCAUCUGGAAAGACUUUCACAUUGAACAACGGGGUUACCAUCCCUGCCGUGGGUUUCGGUACCUUCGCCAGCGAGGGUGCCAAGGGCGAGACCUACGCCGCUGUCACUGCUGCCCUCAACACCGGAUACCGUCACCUCGACUGUGCCUGGUUCUAUCUCAACGAGGACGAGGUUGGUGAUGGUAUCCGUGACUUCCUUAAGGCCAACCCCUCCGUCAAGCGUUCCGAUAUCUUCGUGACCACCAAGGUCUGGAACCACCUGCACCGUUACGAUGACGUCCUCUGGUCUAUCAACAACUCCCUGGAGCGUAUGAAGCUUGAUUAUGUUGAUCUUUUCCUGGUCCACUGGCCCAUUGCGGCUGAGAAGGAGACCCAGGAGAAGCCCAAGAUUGGCCCUGAUGGAAAGUAUGUGAUCCUCAAGGACCUGACCGAGAACCACGAGGAGACCUGGCGCGCCAUGGAGAAGCUGUAUGCCGACGGCAAGGCUAAGGCCAUUGGUGUCUCCAACUGGACCAUCCCCCAGCUUGAGGCCAUGUCCAAGUUUGCCAAGGUCCAGCCCGCGGUCAACCAGAUUGAGAUCCACCCCUUCCUGCCCAACGACGAGCUGGUCCAGUACUGCUUCUCCAAGAACAUCCUGCCCCAGGCCUACUCGCCUCUGGGCUCACAGAACCAGGUUCCCACGACGGGCGAGCGGGUCAGCGAGAACAAGACCCUCAACGCCAUUGCCGAGAAGGGCGGCAACACUCUGGCCCAGGUCCUCAUCGCCUGGGGUCUGCGUCGUGGCUACAGUGUGCUCCCCAAGAGCUCCAACCCCGCACGCAUUGAGUCCAACUUCAAGAGCAUUGAACUCAGCGAUGCUGACUAUGCGGCUGUUAACGAGGUUGCCAAGGGCCGCCACUGCCGCUUCGUCAACAUGCGCGAUACCUUCGGCUACGACCUCUGGCCCGAGGAGACUGCCAGUGGUCUGUCUUACUAG